CACACUCCCAUUGUUUGCUUGCUUACCCCUCCCACCAAAAUCUCACCCACUCCAAUUCCCUCUCGUUACUAUAUUAAGGGUUACCUUGCUGACGAAAUUUCAUGGUUUUUGGUUUCACAAUUUCAAUGCUCUGUUUGUAAUUCGGUUAGUUGAAGUUUGUUGGAUUAGCCAUGGAAUUGGAGCUCCCGAGGUCCGUCAACUCGGCCGUGACCUUCGACGAGGUUUCCAUGGAGCGUAGCAAGGGCUUCGUCAAGGCAUUGCAGGAACUAAAGAAUCUGAGGCCUCAACUUUAUUCUGCUGCGGAAUACUGUGAGAAGUCCUAUCUCCACAGUGAACAGAAACAAAUGGUACUAGACAAUCUGAAAGAUUAUGCUGUACGAGCCCUUGUUAAUGCUGUUGAUCAUCUUGGAACAGUCGCAUACAAAUUAACUGAUCUUGUUGAACAGCAGACUUCGGAUGUCUCAACCAUUGACUUGAAGGUAUCAACCCUAAAUCAGCAACUUCUUACAUGCCAAAUCUACACUGAUCAAGAGGGUCUUCGGCAGCAGCAGUUGUUAGCUUUCAUUCCCAGGCAUCACAAGCACUACAUCCUGCCAAACUCUUUCAAUAAAAAGGUGCAUUUCAGUCCACACAUACAAGUUAAUGCAAGGAAAAAUCCGUUACAAACUAGAGCUCGCACUCGAUCUUCAGGAGUCCCUCCAGCGAAAACUCUUUCAUGGCAUUUAGCUUCUGAAACUAAUUCUACCUUGAAAGGGAGUUCACGUUCUUCAAAGAGAGGGGACCCAAAGUUCUCUGCCAAAACAUCGGGAGUUUUCCAACUUUUAGAUAACGAAGAGAGUAAUUUGAAAAAAUCCAUAGCAGCUCAAAGUCACUUAGCUAACGGAGUUCCUACUUCCAGUCCAUCUCAGCAAACUUUGGGUGUCACACGCAAGGAUGCAUUGGAGGGUUUGAAACCUUUGACGACAUUCAAGUCAUUUGGCCACCAAAAUCGGCGUGAGAUUGUCCAGACCCAUACUCGAAGCAAAAGCAUGCUUUCAGCGUUCUUUGUCAGGCAGAAGAUUCUAAAACCGAACGCUGGUUCUGUCUCAUGAAUGAAGGCACGGCACUGGUGCCCCACCGCAAGCUACUGCAUGAAGUAGGAGAUUUCACUUAUUUUAUUUGACGUAGUAUUGGUGGAGAUUGCACUUUAAUCUCCUCCAAUGCUUAUUCGCUGUGGUUUGGCCAUAUUUCCAUAAAUGCUUUGGAAUGAAUCCCAUCAUAGUUCAAGCCUUUGAAUAAUGACCAACCUUGUAGAGUGACCGGUAAUGUGUUAGGGAUUUUAUUCUCCCAGUCUUGUUGGUCAGUGAUGUCAUAAUUUACUGAGGAGAUUACACAAUGUGUAUGUGAUAGUGUUCAGGCAUUUGUGAAAUGUAUAGAUCCGGUUUUGAUAUUGAUACUUCAAAGAAUGGUCCAGUGACUGAUUUAAUAAGUCUGGAAUUUCCCAAA